UAUAAAUACCCAAAUCCAAUGCAAGCUUUGUACUCGAUUAUAGUUCCAAUGGCUAGAAUUCUUCCCAUCUUGGCCUCCCAACUCCUCCUUUUCUUCUUCAUCUCUUCCUACUCCACAGUUUCGGUCGCCGGAGAAGAUGAGGGCUUUUCCAGAAGCCUAGACAGGAAGCUACUCGGGCUCAAGAAAGAAAAGCUCAGCCACUUCCGCUUCUACUGGCAUGACAUCGUCAGUGGCCGUAAUCCGUCUGCUGUCAUGGUCGUGCCACCGGCCUCCAACACAUCGACGGGCUUCGGUUUAGUGAGCAUGAUCGAUGACCCUUUAACCUUGGGACCAAAGUUGAGCUCAAAGAUGGUCGGAAGGGCACAGGGGUUUUAUGCCUCUGCCUCACAACAAGAGCUUAGCCUACUAAUGGUUAUGAACUUUGCAUUUAUUGAAGGGAAGUACAAUGGUAGCACUAUCUCCGUGCUAGGGAGGAACGCCGUGUUCUCCACCGUGAGGGAGAUGCCGGUGAUCGGAGGGAGCGGGCUUUUCCGGUUUGCUAGGGGUUAUGUUCAAGCCAGUACUCAUAGCCUUGAUAUCAAGACAGGAGACGCCACCGUUGAGUACAAUGUCUAUGUGUUGCAUUAUUGAUGUUCUUGAGUCUUUUUAAUUAAUUAGCUUUAAUUUACUCAAUUAUGCUCUUAAUUUCUUGAGUUGACCACUUUUUGAGUAUGUUAGUUGGCCGACCACCUUUGAUUGCUUUAAGCCAUUAAGUGGGGUUGGUUUUGUGUUAUUUAUAUUACUUGAGAUUAAUGCGUUAUCAAGUCUUUGAUUCGAAUACAAUAAAAUUUAUGUAAUUUUACUCA